UGCACACACCUUACUCAACAUAAAAGAAUUCAUACUGGAGAGAAACCCUACAAGUGUGAGGAAUGUGGCAAAGCCUUUACCCUGCGCUCAACACUCAUGGAACAUAAAAGAAUUCAUACAGGAGAGAAACCCUACAAAUGUGACGAAUGUGGCAAAGCCUUUACUCGGUGCACACACCUUACUCAACAUAAGAGAAUUCAUACUGGAGAGAAACCGUACAAAUGUGAGGAAUGUGGCAAAGCGUUUACCCAGUCCUCAGCCCUUACUCAACAUAAAAGAAUUCAUACUAGAGAGAAACCCUACAAAUGUGAAGAAUGUGGCAAAGCCUUUACCCAGUGCACACACCUUACUGAACAUAAAAGAAUUCAUACAGGAGAGAAAUCCUACAAAUGUGAAGAAUGUGGCAAAGCCUUUAACCAGUGCACAUACCUUACUCAACAUAAAAGAAUCCAUAGUGGAGAGAAACCCUAA